GGAGCUGUCGGCGGGGCGGGCGAGGGUGCGCGCGGGGAGGCGCGCGGCGGGAGCUGACAGCUGGGCUGUGUAAACACUGAGGAGACACCGAGCCGCUGGCAACACCGUGGCAACCGGCCCCUACCGCUCCUUGGGUGGACACAUUCACAUACCACACGCACACACCCUGCACAGAGACACAGAAUACUCUUCUGGAAAUGAGGAUUUAUCCUUUAUAUUAGGCCAUGUAUCCAACUGAAGAAAUCAGUGAACAGAGCAUCUGCCAAGCACGUGCCUCGGUUAUGGUCUAUGAUGAUUCAAGCAAAAAAUGGAUUCCAGCCAAACCUGGACAACAAGGAUUCAGCAGAGUCAACAUCUAUCACAACACCUCCAAUAACACCUUCAGAGUUGUUGGAAUGAAAUUACAGGACCAGCAAGUUGUCAUAAAUUAUUCUAUCGUCAAGGGACUGAAAUAUAAUCAAGCUACACCUACAUUCCACCAAUGGCGUGAUGCCCGCCAGGUAUACGGGUUGAAUUUUGCAAGCAAGGAAGAAGCCACAGCCUUUUCAAAUGCAAUGGCAUAUGCUUUGAAUGUGCUGAGCUCACAAGAUGGAGGUCCUGCGGUGCAACGUCAAAUUCAGGUCCAGAAUGGGCCACCCCCUGAAGAUCAGGAAGCACAGCGAAGGCAAAUAAUGGAACAACGACAUGAGCAAAUGGAAAGAGAUCGACGGGCUUCCAUGUCUGCUCCCCCAGUUCCUCCUGGAGGACCCCAUGCACAACCUACAUGCCCCCCACCUCUUCCUGCUGGUGGUCCCCCACCACCUCCACCACCACCAGGGCCUCCACCAGCUUCUGGAGGUGGACCACCUCCUCCUCCUCCGUUGCCAGCUUGUGGAAGCCCUGGAGCUAGAGGUGAUGAGGGACACUCAGCUUCAGGACUAGCAGCAGCAAUCGCUGGGGCUAAACUGAGGAAAACUAGCCGGCCUGAGGAUGGUUCUGGAAGUUCUAGUCCUGGGGGGGUGUCAAAAUCUGACACCAAUCGAAAUAGCUGUGGGGCAGCACCUUCUGGGGGAGGAGGAGGAGGGCUGAUGGAUGAAAUGAAUAAAUUACUAGCAAAACGGAGAAAAGCUGCCCAACAAACAGAUAAACCAAGUGACAAAAAAGAGGAGGAAAGCCAGAAUGAGGAUGCAAGCCUUUCACCUUCACCCAAUUCACGAGGACCUGGUGUGCAGAAUUCAACAGAUGCUGUUAAAAAGCCAUGGGAAAGAGCCAAUUCUGUCGAAAAGUCAGGAACGAUUUCAAGACUGAAACCUGGAAGUGUAACCUCUAACGAUGUGGCCGCAGAUGCCUUAGAUUUUGAUCGAUUGAAGCAGGAAAUACUGGAAGAAGUGGUAAAGGAGUUGCAUAAGGUGAAAGAAGAGAUUAUAGAUGCCAUUAGACAAGAAUUGAGCAGAAUCAGUACAACGUAAUGAAUUUUGCACUUCAGAACGUGAGAAGUCCUCAAAGGGAUCUGGGAAGAUGAGAGAUGGCUGGUUCUAUGGAGGAUAAUGUGGAAGAUAGACUAGGAGAGAAGCUAUGCACUGAAUGUCACAGUUGCUUUCAAAUCCUUCAUUGAAUAGUGGAUUCGACGUGCUCUGCUGCUUGCUGCCUUGGAUCUGCUUCACAUGAAAAGUCUUAAUAAUUUUCCAAAACAACAACAGAAACUCAAUGAUUUUUAAUACAACUUGUGAAUCUUAUUUUCUAGGUUUUACAGAAAAUUGCACAUCUGUUUUAUGUUAGCCUUUGUAUUUUUUAUUAGAUUAUUUAAAAGUUUACAUUACUUUUAGAUUGUGUUUUUAGAUAAGAGCUUAUAUAUAUAUAUACACACACAUAUACACACACACACACAUACACACACGCACAUACACACACACAAACCACAAAUCUUUUGCUUUUUGUAGGUAAAUACUUCAGUUAUUACUACCAGUAGACAUUUCCACAGUAUUAUUAACUCUUAUUGAAAAGUCUUUGCCAACAAAGAGAUCCUUGUAACAUCACUGAAAAGGCAGAAACUUGUACUAGUUAUAAUAUGACAAAGUAAACUGAUUUCUCAACCAAUCUUUCAAAUCUUAUUAAAACAAGGUACG